UCAAAAAUCCAUAAAUCGAGAAGAAAAAAGCAGCUCAAAUCCCUCGACACAGAUUCAAGAAAAAAGCCACCAACUGAUUCACACAAAAAUUAGCACACCAGUUCUAAAGAUCUUUGAAUCAGAUGUGAAGUGGAGAAGAAGGAACAAGUUUCCAAUGUCGUCGUGUUCUGUGGAGAAUCAAAACCCUAACCAUUCUUCCCCGUUAAAUUGGUCCAACCUUUGGUUGAAGAACAAGAAAGCUCUUGAUCAUGUCUCUUCAACUAUCCGCCGUCGCUCGUUCUACAGAAAACCCCCACCCCCACCCACUCCUCAAUCACCACCACCGCCACAGCAACCACCACCACCGCCACAACAACUACCACCGGAAGUGACCGUUGUUCCUCUUUCUCCCCAUUUUCAGCAAACCCAUUACAACGAAACCCUACUUCCUGAUUCUCCCGAAGUAGUCCCCUCUCAUGAUUUCAUUUCCCUCCUUUCCGAUGAAACACUCCUGCAAAUUCUCUCCAAACUUCCUGACAGAUCUCAAAGGAAUUCGAAUUCUUUGGUCUCCAAAUGGUGGUUCAAUCUCCAAGGUCGUUUGGUAAGGUCAGUUAGGGUUUUCGAUUGGAGUUUCCUUACAUCUGGUCGUAUGUUCACUAGAUUCCCUAACCUCAUUGACAUUGAUUUACUUCACGGAAGCGUAAUUUCUAGCAGCCAUUUAAAAAGCUGUGGUCUCUCUUUAGGCCGUGAAUUUGGCCCCUUCUGCAUCGAAUCCGAUGUCUUUUCACCAAACAACCAUACUUUCCGACCUGUUAACGAAGUAGAUUCUGUGUUGAAAUGUUUAGCUACCGCAUACCCCAAUCUUCAACGACUUGUACUCCUAAAUUCUUCCGAGAUUGGGUUACUAAGUCUUGCAGAAGGGUGUCCGAAUUUACAAGAAAUGGUUUUGCAUCACUGCCAUGAUCAGAUUCUGCAUGGGAUUGCGGGAUUUACAAAUCUGCAGAUACUGAAGUUGAUUGGAACCAUUGACGGAUUCUAUUCCUCUUUGGUUUCAGACAUAGGGUUAACAAUUCUUGCUCAAGGGUGUAGAAGGUUAGUGAAACUUGAACUCAGAGGAUGCGAGGGGAGUUAUGAUGGAAUCAGAGCAAUCGGACAAUGUUGUCAAAUGCUAGAAGAACUCACCUUCUGUGAUCAUCGAAUGGAUAAUGGGUGGUUGUCAGCUCUUUCCUACUGUGAAAAUUUGAAAACUUUAAGGUUAGUUUCGUGUAAAACCAUCGAUCAAAUCCCUGGACUUGAUGAACACUUGGGAGCUUGUAGAUUGCUUGAAAGAUUACAAUUGGAAAGGUGCAGAUUAUGUGAAAAGGAAAGUCUGAGAGCACUUUUUCUUGUGUGUCGAUCUGUUAAAGAAAUGGUUGUAAAAGAUUGCUGGGGUUUGACAGAUGGCAUUUUUCUCAAUGCCAAUUUGUGCAGGAGGGUUAAAUUUCUGUGGAUAGAAGGAUGCUCAAGGGUAACAACAGAAGGUUUAGAAUCUGUUGUCCUUUCUUUGAAGGAGCUUGAAAGCUUGAAGGUGAUAUCGUGUAAAAAUAUGAAAGAUGAUGAAGUGAGUCCUGUGCUUUCUAUGUUGUUUUAUAGUCUUAAAGACUUGAAAUGGAUGCCUGAUAAUAGAUCGGUUCUCUCAACGAGUCUUGUGGGGUCCGGAAUGGGUAAACGAGGGGGUAAGUUCUUUAAAAAGUUGCAAAUUUGAACAUGUGAUUUAAGACUUUUGUUGAUUGUAAAGAUUAUGUAGCACUUGCACUUGUUGUGUAUUAAUGUGUAUUAAUUACUAACUUGAUAGAAUUCUUGUUGUAUGAAAGAAUGUCAAUGCUUUAUGCAA